AUGGGGGAAUACUGGUCCAUCAUACUGGUAGUCCAGAUCCUCUGGAGGUGCACAGCGACCCAGGCAGAGCACACCUCUACAACUCUCCACUUCACACAGGCCCUUUACAAUGUCACUAUACAUGAAAACUCAGCUGCAAAGACUUAUGCCGAGGCCCCACCUAAAAUGGGCAUCAAGCUGAGAGACCCUGCAUGGGACAUACGCUAUAAAAUAGAGUUCGGAGACAGUGAGCACAUAUUCAAAGCUGAUGAGUUUUUCCUGGGGGACUUCAGCUUCCUGCGAAUACGAACCAAAGGGGGCAGCCUGUCCACUCUGAACCGAGAGGUCAAGGACUGCUAUGACCUCACGGUGGUGGCCCAGGAGCGACUCAGCCACGCCGAGGCCCGGGCUCGGGUCACCGUGCACGUCCUUGAUGUCAACGACCUCCGACCUUUGUUCUCACCGACCUCGUACAGCUUCUCCGUCCCUGAGAACACGGCCCCGCGGACGAGUAUCGGCAAGGUGACAGCGACAGAUGCCGACGUGGGGACCAAUGGCCAAUUCUAUUACAGCUUUAGGCAGUGGACGGACGUGUUCGCCGUGCACCCCACCAGCGGCGUCGUCACACUGACAGGGAAGCUGGACUAUGGCGAGGCCAGGCUGUACGAGCUGGAUGUCCUGGCAGAGGACCGAGGCCUCAGGCUUUUCGGUGGCGGCAGUAGUGACCGCAUUGGCACUGAGCACAGUGCCAGAAGUGGCAGUGGCAGCAACGUGGCCAGGCUGACGGUCCAAGUCCUGCCCGCCAACGAGCAUGCACCUGUUAUCACAGCUGUCCCGGCAACUCUGUGGAAGUCGACCAAGAAAGAAGAGGCCACCACAUUUGCCGUGGUGACCGUGGAGGACAGCGACACGGGGCCAAAUGGAGAGAUAGCGGCCCUGAGCAUUGUGGCCGGAGAUCCGCUCCAACAGUUUAAAGUGGUCCGGACAAUGAGCCAGGCCGGUGAGAAGUUCAAGAUCCAGGCAGUGAGAGAGGUGGAGUGGGAGGGCCACCAGUACGGCUAUAAUCUAACACUGCAGGCGCAGGACAGGGGCAACCCGCCACGCUACUCGACUGCCCAAGUGGUGAGACUGCAGCCCCUUCAGCAACACACAGACCCUCCCGAAUUUGAGAAAGCAGUGUACAUGGCCAGACUGAGUGAGUUCGCCCCUCCCAACUCCUCUGUGAUUACGGUGAGGGCUCAGCAUAAAAGCCCUUUAAUUAGCUACUUACUACAGCCCAGAGCCAACCAGCAACUAGGGCCCUUCACCAUCAAUCCAAACACUGGACUUAUCACGACCACUCAAGUGGUCCAAGCCGAUCGUGUCAGCAAAUAUGAAUUUAAUGUCAUUACCAGCGACAAACAAGCUUCCACUAAGGUGUCAGUGGAAGUUGUCGAUGAAAAUAACCACACGCCAAAAUUCACUCGGCCAGUGUUUACUGCACGUGUUAAUGAAAAUGUUCCGCUAGGGACCAGCGUCCUUACUGUGAGUGCGAGUGACCCAGACGAAGGCGAAAAUGGAUAUGUGACCUACACCAUCGCCAACGUCACCCCUCAGCCCUUUCACAUAGACUUUUUCACGGGUGUAAUCACAACCGCUGAGAGUCUAGACUAUGAGCUCAUGCAGCACACUUUUCGCCUCAAAGUGCGAGCAUCGGACUGGGGCUCUCCUUUUCGCAGAGAGGCCGAGGCCACUGUUUCAAUCACGCUAAAAAACCUGAACGACAAUGCGCCUUUGUUCGAGAACAUUGACUGUCAGCUCACAGUGCCAAGAUCCUUCAGAGCUGAUGAGACGAUAGCAGUGGUUUCUGCCAUCGACAUGGAUGACUUGGGUGUAGUGCGGUAUGAAAUUAAAGCCGGCAACUCCAUGGGGCUUUUUGGCCUUGACCCAGAGACUGGCAUCCUGUCACUUGAAAAGCCAUUAAAUUUGGGCUCGGCUGCGAAAUUGACCACCCACACUUUGGAAAUAGUCGCCAGCGACGGCGAGAAUUCCUGCCCGCCCGUCAUCCUGAACAUAACGGUUGUGACAGGUGGCCGGCAGGUGACCACAAAAUGUGUCGAGACCGGUGUUGCCAAAGACAUGGCGAGCCGGCUGUUAUUGUUUGGCUUCUCGCACCGCCAAAAAGACUCUGAUGAAGAAUCGUUCACAGACGCCUAUUUGGUUAAUCAACACUCCCCACAGCUAAUAGAGAUGCCUAAUGUGCUUGAAGUGAAGGAGAACACGCCAGUUGGCAGGGAGGUCCUUCACAUCAAGGCGACAGACACAGACAGUGGCUUUAACGGCAAACUGGUUUAUGUCAUCUCCAGAGGAAAUAUUGACAGCUGUUUUUCUAUUGACCCUGACACGGGCAAGCUCGUUAUAAGCGAGCCUCUUGACAGAGAAACCACAGAUCAAUAUGAUCUAAACAUCACAGUAUACGACUUGGGAUCACCACAGAAGUCCAUGUCUCAUGUUCUUAAAAUCAAAAUACUGGAUGCCAACGAUAACAGGCCACAGUUUCAGCACUCUCAGUACUCAGUGCACAUAAGUGAAGACACUGCUGUAGGCACAGAUAUUAUUCAGCUUCAGGCCACAGACAGAGACUUGGAAAUUAACGGGGAGGUCAGAUACAGCUUCAUGACGCAGACAAACCAGUUCCACAUCAACAGUAAAACAGGGAUUGUGACAGUUCGAAGCCCUUUGGACAGAGAAUUGCAUGAAAGCUUUGCCCUCAAGGUCGCUGUGCAUGAUAAAGCCACAGACGAGCCUGAGCUUAUUUCCACGGCGGUAUUAAAAGUGACACUCGAAGACAUCAAUGAUAAUCCACCUGUGUUUUCACACCCACUGUACCGUGUGCGGGUACUGGAGGACCUGCCUGCCGGGUCUGUGGUGGCCUGGCUCGAGGCUUACGACCCAGACGCAGGCCUGGCGGGACAGGUGCGCUACACCCUUAUGGAUGACUUAGACAAUGGGCUUUUCCAGGUGGACAGGGUGAGUGGGGCUGUGAGGAUCGUGCGGAGCCUGGACUUCGAGAAGAGGCAGGUGUACAACAUGAGCGUGCAGGCCCGGGACAAAGGGAGACCUGUGUCCCUGACGACGAUGUGCCACGUCAUGGUGGAGGUCGUGGAUGUCAAUGAGAAUCUGCACCGGCCGGCCUUCCCUUUCUUCACCCACUCUGCACACGUGAGCGAGAAUGUUCCGAUUGGAGCUACUGUCUUAAAAGUAAAGGCAGUGGACAAAGACACAGGCAGAGAUGGAGAGGUCAGGUACUCCAUCCGCGACGGGUCAGGCAUUGGAGUGUUCGCGGUCAAUGAAGAGACAGGCGUCAUAUACACGGAGGAGAAGUUGGACCGUGAGACCACGGGUCAGUACUGGCUCACGGUCUACGCCACUGACCAAGGAGUGGUGCCGCAGUCUUCUUCUGUGGAGGUGUACAUCGAGGUGAAGGACGCCAAUGACAAUGCUCCACAGACCUCAGAGCCCAUCUACUUCCAGUCCAUUUACGAGAACUCCCCCAAAGACACCUCAGUCGUCCAGAUCGAAGCGCACGACCCAGACUCAGGCGGGAGGAAUGACAAGCUCUCCUACAGGAUAACUGGUGGGAACCCCCAGGGCUUCUUUAUCAUCGACCCCAAGACAGGAUUGCUGACAACAACAUCCCGGAAAUUAGACAGAGAGAAACAGGAGGAACAUUCACUUGAGAUCACGGUCACCGACAGUGGCACUCCGGCUAAAUCUGUCGCUGUCCGAGUGAUCGUGAAGGUGCUGGACAUAAACGACAACACCCCUCAGUUUCUGGAGAAGGUCUACAAAAUACAGCUGCCCGCGAGGGCCAGGACAGCAGACAGGCAGCCGGUGUACCGCGUUAUCGCCUCGGACCAGGACGCAGCUGGCAGCCCCAAUGCCGAGGUGACAUACAGCAUCGAGGAUGGCGACAGGCACGGAAAGUUUGUCAUCGACCCCAGGACGGGGAUGGUGUCCUCCAGAGAGUCCUUCGCUGCAGGCGAAUAUAAUAUCCUCAUGAUAAAGGCAGCGGACAACGGCGGGCCAAAGAGGUCCUCCACCUGCAGGCUGCACGUGGAGUGGAUCCCAAGGCCCAGCGUAGCAGCCCACAGCCUCCUGGAGCUGGAGGCAGCGCCCCAGGCUUCCUUCACGGUCAUGGAGUCCGACAGAGUGGGUCAUAUGGUGGGGGUCAUCCGCACCCUGCCCACAGACUCCCCCGUCUGGUUUGUAAUUAAAGGAGACUUAGAUGCUAAAGACGCUUUUCACAUCAUUCAGAGGGCCUCUGAUCCCAACGGUACAGCAGAAGGUGGAAAAUCUAACAACAACUUUGAUGUCAACAAGGGCAGCGGGACCAUUAUUGUGGCAGGGUCGCUGGACGCUGAACAAAAGUCGAACUACAACUUGACCGUAGAGGUCACUGACGGGACCAGAUCCAUUACCACCCAGGUUCUAAUUGAAGUGAUUGAUACAAACGAGCACCGGCCUGAGUUUUCCCAUUCUACGUAUGCGAUAAGCAUCCCGGAAGAGACACCAUCGGGGACCAAGAUUCUGGAGAUCCUCGCCACCGAUAACGACGUGAAGAACAAAUUAUACUACACUCUGCUGAGCAGCACUGACCCGCUGAGCCUUCAGAAGUUCCGCCUUGAUCCAGGAAACGGGUUUUUAUACACCGCAGAGACGCUGGACCAUGAGGUCAUGAACAGACACACUCUCACUGUCAUGGUGCGAGACCAUGAGCUCCCGUUAAAACGUAACCUUGUGCGGGUGACGGUUACCGUGGAGGACAACAAUGACAACGCCCCUUACUUUACAAGCUCUCGCUACUCUGCUCGUGUGUUGGAGACAUCAGCCUUGGGAAGUGUGGUGACACAGGUCACUGCCCUGGACAAAGACAAGGGGAAGAAUGCAGAGCUGCUCUACAGCAUCCACUCAGGAAAUGAAGCGAGCACAUUUGCUAUUGAUAUGUCAUCCGGAAUGAUUACUGUGGCUGAGGAGCUUGACUGCUGCACUGAGAUCGAUGAGUUUACUCUGAUCAUCAAAGCCACCGACAAGGGGGAGCCUCCUCUCAGUGCCGAGACGACAGUCCACAUUUCAGUCACAGUCGCAGACAACGGCAAGCCGAAAUUCACGUCCAGUGAAAUCUCUGCGGGAGUCAGUGAGGGUGCCGCAGUUGGGAGUUUGGUGGCCUUGGUCGAAGUGUCCAGUCAAUCGUCUGUCUUCUAUCAGAUCAAAGAGGGCAACAAUGACUAUGCAUUUGUUAUAAAUCCACAUUCGGGUGCCAUAGUUACACUAAAGACUUUGGACUAUGAAAUGACAUCUUCAUACAGAUUGGUAGUGGAAGGCACAGACAUGGCUGGAUUUGCCAGUAAUGUGACUGUUCUCAUUUACAUAAAAGAUGAAAAUGACAACCCCCCUGUCUUUUCAAAAGACGAAUUCUUGGGAACGAUCAGUGAGUCAGCUGCAAUUAAUAGCUUGGUUUUAAUGGACAGUAAUUCACCCCUAGUAAUUCAUGCCACUGAUGCAGACACAGAUCUUAAUGGCAGAGUCAUGUAUGAGAUUGUGGAGCCUGAUGCACGCAAGUACUUUCUCCUCGACUCCAACACAGGUGCCGUUCAGACAAAAUCCAAUCUCGACUAUGAACAGAGGACUGCUUUCCAAUUCAGUGUGCAAGCCCACGACAUGGGGGAGCCUCGGCGGUUUGCUAGCAAUGCUGCCAGAGUGACCAUCCAAGUCGUUGACGUGAACGACUGUGAGCCGAAAUUCAGCCAAGACUUAUACGACGCCACUCUUCUCCUGCCAGCCUAUAAGGGGGUCCGAAUUAUGGCCGUCAAAGCCACAGACGAGGACUCUCAGGCCAGAUUGCUGUUCUCCAUCUCAGAUGGCAAUAUCGGCGAGAAAUUCAAAAUUGAUUCUCUCUCCGGUGUCAUUUCUGUGCAGAAUGCCACUCAGCUCCGCAGCAGGUACAAGCUCACUGUCAGAGUGUCUGAUGGCAGAUGGCAGAGCACUGCCACUGUCAGAGUGUCAGUGAAAGAGAUCAAAGACGAGAGCAGUGUGCGGUUCACCCAAAAAAUCUAUAUGGCUGUCGUGCGUGAGAACUCCUCGGAGAAGAAGACAAUCGCCAUUAUCUCCGUUGUGGGCAGGAAGAUAAACGACCAUCUCUUUUAUGCCAUUCUCAACGAUGAAGAUGGCCGCUUUGAAAUAGGUCAAACCUCAGGGGUGCUCUUUACCACUGGAUUACCAUUUGACCGAGAGGAGCAAGAGGUUCACGAGGUCGUGGUUGGGGUUACAACAGAGCCAGGGUCAUCUAAGGUCAUCGGCAAUGUCCUUGUUAGAGUGAAGGUUGAGGACAUUAAUGACUGUCCGCCAAUAUUUGUGAACAUGCCCUAUCAUGUUCUGGUCCAGAUAAAUGCAGAAGUGGGCCAAGUAAUUCGACAGAUGACAGCUGUCGACAAGGACGCCGGUAGAAAUGCGGAGGUCAAAUAUGUUCUGAACGAGCACAAGUAUUUUCAGAUAUCUUCCUCGGGAGAAAUCUCUCUGAGAAGGCCCUUUGACUCUGAGGCCUUGAACACAAAGUUUGUUUUGAAUGUGUUCGCUGAGGAUUUAGGAGAGCCUCCCCUGUCCUCCACAGUUGAGGUGUCAGUGAUGGUGCUGAACGAAGCUGCACCUGUGUUUGAAAAGCCCUUUUACAACAUUGAAAUACCAGAGAACACACCACCACAUACUUCCAUAAUGCAAGUGCAGGUGAAUGGCUUGUACAGCCCCAGAGCUUUCUACAGUAUAUUCGAGGGUGAUCCCCUUGGGCAUUUCUCCAUUAACUUUCACUCAGGUGUCGUAGAAAUCAUUCAGGACCUGGAUUUUGAGGUCCACCCAGCUUAUAAAUUGAGGAUCCGUGGUAUGGAUGCCAUGACAGGUGCCCAUUCAGAGGUCUUCAUUGACAUCAUACUUCUAGAUGUGAAUGACAAUUCCCCAGUGUUUGAGACACAUGCCUACAAUGUCACCCUGCCUGAGUCUGCUGUGAUUGGCACACCAAUACUUCAAGUCAAGGCUACUGAUGCUGACUUUGGGAGUAACAAAAUACUGGCAUAUGAACUGCUGCACCCAGUGGGCCACAGUGACUUGAGUCUGUUCAGUAUUAAUCGAGAGACUGGCACUAUCUCCAUUGCUAGCCCUUUAGACCAUGAAACAAAGCAACAGCACACACUGAGAGUGAGAGCAGUAGAUGGAGGCGUCCCUGCCUUGUCUGGCGAAGCCUCUGUGAUCAUCUCUCUAGCCGAUGUGAAUGACAACCCGCCAGCCUUCACAAAGGAGUCUUAUGAAGCUGCAGUUAGCGAGCUGUCAUCUCCCGGACACUUUUUGUUGAACGUUAGAGCCGAUGAUCCCGACGCAUCAGAUGUAGGCAAGCUGGAGUACUUCUUCUUGUCUGGCAAUGAGCGUGCACAUUUCACAUUGAACAAAAAGACGGGGGACAUGAUGGUGUCAAAUCACUACCGCAGUGGCAUGGAGCCUUCUUACAGCAUGAAUGUUCUGGUGACGGAUGGUGUUUUUAGAAGCUCUGCUGAGGUAAAAAUCAGAGUGAUCCAGGAAAACUCGCACAGCCCCUCUUUUGCCCAGAGGGAGUAUUUAGUGCAGCUCCCAGAGGACUCCCCCGUAGGCACGCUGGUCACGGAGGUCAAAGUCACAGACAAAGACAGAGGGGUUCAUGGUCAGGUGAAAUACUUCAUCGUCAACGAGGUAGUGAGAGAUAAGUUCACCAUUGAUGCCGACGGGCAGAUUUACACUCUGGAGAGCUUCGACCGGGAAAGCACUCUCGAAAGGGCACUAGAUAUAAAUGUUAUGGCAAAAGAUGGUGGUGGCAAAGUCGGAUUUUGCACUGUAAGGGUGAUCGUCACAGACGUAAAUGACAAUGCCCCUCAGUUUGUUGUGUCUGAAUACAAUGUGUCAGUCCCUCAGAAUGUAUCUACAGGAUUUUCAAUCAUGAAAAUAACAGCCGUGGACUUGGAUGAAGGAGUCAAUGCAGACAUUCUGUAUGAAAUAGACUCUGAAGUUCAACACUUUGAAAUACACCCACAGACUGGUGUUAUCAGCUCAAAGCAACACCUUUUGGAAUCUGAGAACAAUCUCUUCACACUGUAUGUGAAGGCCAGGGACUCAGGGACUCCACAGAGGCACACAUUCAUUCCUGUUCAUAUCACUGUGGUCCCAUCGGCCAUGUCUGAGCUAAAGUUUGUAAAGCCAACCAUUCAGCUGCAGAUUUCAGAGGAUCUUACGGUUGGAGCAGAGAUUGAUACAAUCGAUGUGUACAGCAGCGACCAGUUUGUGACAUACAACCUCCUCAGAGGCAAUCUACCUGAGAGCAACAGGGAAGAUGCAUUUGCGAUCGACAGCAUCAGUGGUGUUCUGAGAGUAGCAAAGCGUCUCGAUUAUGAAAGCACACCUUGGUACCAUCUGACAGUGCAGGCAAUAAAAUACCAGGGAGGGAUGGAAAUGAAAUCUAUGGUGGAGGUGAAAAUUGAACUGAUGGAUGUAAAUGAUAACAGCCCCCAGUUUGAUUCUGACCCGUAUCAAUCAUACAUUGUAGAAAACUCUCCCAAACAAACAUCAAUCAUCCAAGUCAGGGCUGUGGAUCAAGAUACAGCUCUCAACGGCCAAGUGCUGUACAGCCUAGACAAGAACCAGGAAAGCCCUGAGGUUCUGGAUCUGUUUACUGUGGAUACCAUAACAGGCUGGCUAACCACAUUGAAGGAGAUUGACCGAGAACAGAAUGGCAAGUACACCAUAUCUGUGGUGGCUUCAGAUCGAGGGGAGGAGCAGCGAUUGACAGCAACCUCUCUGGUGGAGGUGACAGUGCUGGACAUCAAUGACAAUGCCCCGCGCUUUGCAGAAGACGUCUUCAAAGCGGUCGUCAGUGAAGAUGACCCAGUGUCUACAGUGGUGGCAGUGUUUGUCAUCACAGAUGGCGACAGCGAGGAAAGAAACCGGGAAAUACGCUGCUAUAUUUCAGGUGGGGACACUGCGGGCCACUUUGAUGUCGGGCGUAGCCAGGGCAGAGUGGGUGAGUGGAGGCUGACGGUGAGGAAACCUCUGGACCGCGAGAAAAAGGAUAAUUACCUCCUAAACCUAACUGCCACAGAUGGCACGCACUUGGCCAGGGCAGCUGUGGACAUAAAGGUCCUGGACGCCAAUGACAACAGCCCUGUUUGCGAGAAGCUGGCAUAUGCUGGAGCGGUUGCCGAGGACGCGCCUGCUGGAUGGCUCAUCAUGCAGGUGUCCGCCACAGAUGCCGAUCUCCACGCCAAUGCCCAGAUAUCAUACCACCUGUUUGGAGACGGCUCACAACAUUUCAGUCUGCAUCCAACCACAGGCGAGCUGAGAACUCUGUUGCCAUUGGACAGUGAGGAUCGGGAGACAUUUCAGCUCUCCGUGCGAGCUCAGGAUGGCGGGGGCCUGUCCUGCCAGGUCGCCUUGGUGAUCACUGUGGCGGACGUCAAUGACAACCCCCCGCGGUUCACGCCGGAUGCCCAGCACUUCAGCGUGGCAGAGAACAUCAUGCCUGGAGCCUACGUGGCCCAAAUGAAGGCCUUAGACCCGGACUCCGGAAUUAACAGCAAAGUGCUGUACACACUCGAGGACUCCGGCGGAGGCCAGUUCUCCAUCCAGGAACAUUCUGGAAUCCUCACUCUGGAGAAACCCCUGGACGCCAGUGUCCAGGCUGCGUACACGCUCAAGGUCCGCGCCGCUGACCAGGGCUCCCCUCGCCCGCUCUCCUCCCUCAACACCGUCACCGCCACGGUGCGCACUGCGGCUGACAAUCCGCCAGAGUUCCAGCUCCGGGAUUACGUGGUCACCGUGGCGGAGGACGUGUCUCCAGGGACCCAGAUCCUCCGCAUCUUCGCUAGUCGAGGCUCUCGUGAUGCGCGUGAUGAGAUCAGCUACUCCAUCACCGGUGGCAACGAGCAGGGUGCCUUCAGCAUCAACUCCCACACGGGUGACAUUUUUGUGAUUAAGCAGCUAGACUACGAGGCUUCCCAUGAGCACUUCCUGACCGUAGAGGCCACGACAGCGGCAGCGGGGGGCAAGGAGCCAUCGCCGCGGCUGAGCAACAUGGCCUCUGUCAGGGUCAACGUGACGGACGUCAACGACAACAGGCCGGUCUUCAGCCAGGGAGGGGUGUACUCCGCCGUGGUGCGGGAGGACGCCGUGCCGGGGACCACUGUGGCCACCAUGAUGGCCAGCGACGCUGAUGGGCCCGCCAAUAACCGUGUCCACUUUACCAUCGUCAGCGGCAACCGGGGGAGUCCGUUCAUCAUCGAUGCCAUCAGCGGGGAGCUACGCGUGGCCCGAGCGCUUGACAGAGAGCAGGUAUCUGAGUACGUGCUGACAGUGCUAGCCUCUGACAGCGGCAGUCCGUCCAAAUCCAGUAGCGCGACGGUCACCAUAGACGUGUCGGACUUCAACGAUAAUCCCCCUGUCUUCACCCGGACCAACUACAGCCUUGUCAUCCAGGAGAGUGUUCCCUUGGGCACCAGUAUUCUGCAGCUCCAGGCCACAGAUAGGGAUGCCCCCCACAACGGUGCGCCCUUCACCUUCUCCAUCCUACGGGGGGACGAGAGGGGAGCGUUCCGGAUGGAUCCGCAAGGAACGCUCUCCACGCGCACCCAGCUCAGCCACAGAGUCCAGGAGAACUACCUGUUACGUGUAAAGGUGUCCGACAGUGGCAAGCCGCCCCUCUCUUCUUUCACAGUAGUGAGUGUGCGAGUCGUGGAGCGUAGCAAACAUGCACCAGUGGUCCACCCUCUGGAGGUCAUCGUGUCCAUCCCCAGGGACGAGUACACCGGAGGCCUCCUGGGAACCAUUCAUGCCACCGACGCAGACCCCUACGACACCCUCUCCUACAGCCUGCCCCCCUCAGCUCGGCCCCUAUUCACCAUCUCGCCCACGGAUGGCCUUCUCAAUGCCCCUAAAGGCCUAGACGCAGGCUUCUACCCCCUCAACGUCUCUGUUAGUGAUGGCCGCUUCACGUCGUCUGGUGCUGUCAAUGUGCAUGUGCGGAGAGUCACCCGCAAGAUGCUGGAGCAGGCUAUCGUGGUGCGUCUGUCGCCUGCUACGCCAGAGGAGUUUCUCACCACCCACGUGCGGAACGUCCAGAGAGCUGUACGCAGUGCGGCAGGGGCCCGGCGUGGCGAUGUCCACCUCAUCAGCCUACAACCCAUUGGUCCUUACGCAGGCCCUAACCAGAGCCUAGACCUACUGCUGUCAGUGGAGCGCUCGACUGCUGGUGCUCGACCCGACCACCAGGGGUCACUGUUGGACAAGAUAAAUGCCUCCCUGAUCGGCUUGAAGCAGGCAGGCGGACUGAGACAGGCAUAUGUCCUCAGAGGGCCCUGUGCGGCCAUUAGGGACCACUGUCCACCAGCGUUCUGCAAAGAGGUGGCCUUGCUGGAGCAGAACUCAAUGGUGACGCACAGCAGCGCGAGGAUGAGCUUUGUGUCCCCGCUCCACCGCAUGACGGCCAUAUGCUUGUGCAAAGAUGGAAAAUGUCCAAAAGUAAGCAAAGCAUGUGAAAACAACCCUUGUCCAGAUGGAUUGCGGUGUGUUCCUGGCGAGAAAGGGGACACACAUACCUGCCUGUGUGAGAGCGGUAAAAAGGGAAAUUGCUCAGGGACAACAGCAUUGACACUUCUAGAGAACAGUUUUAUAAAAUACCGUCUGCCAGAGAACUUGAGCAAAGAGGAGCUGAAGCUCUCUCUCAGGCUGAGGACGCUUUCCACCCAUGGAACAGUGAUGUUCACCAAUGGCCAGGAUUACAGCAUCCUUGAAAUUGUGGACGGCAGGCUGCAGUACCGCUUCGACUGUGGCUCUGGCCAAGUGGCCGUUGUGUCUGUCCACAGCGUCCAGGUAAAUGACGGCCAGUGGCAUGCGGUCUGGCUGUCGGCUCAGGGAAACCGCGCCAAGCUAGUGCUGGACCACAUCCACAGCGCAUCCGGCGUCGCUCCUCCGGCUGCUGCUGCUGGUGCUGAUGGUGGUGACGGCUGCUCCAUGCAUCUCCAAGACGCUGCCAUCUUCCUGGGUGGCCAUGCCCAGCUCCUCAGCCUGGCGCCCAGGCGGAGUGGCUUCCGCGGAUGCUUGGACGGCGUCUUGGUGAAUGGCCGUCGGCUGUCUCUGUCCACGUCACCCCCUUCUGGUGACACGGUGGCAGUGGAGAACAUGGUGGGCAUCCUGCCUGGCUGUGGCAUCUUCUCAGAUGCUGAGGAAGAGGAGGGGGAGGACUGCUCCAGGAACCCCUGCCUGAACGGAGGGAGCUGCACACUGAAGCGUGGUGGAGGAUAUUUCUGCCAGUGCGGCCCCAUGUUUAUGGGUGUACGCUGUGAAACCAGACACAAUCCCUGUGCCUCCAACCCCUGUUUGUACGGAGGGACCUGCAUUGACAACCACAACGACUUCCUCUGCCGCUGUCGGGGACAGUACUCAGGGCAAAGGUGUCAAAUUGGUCCUUACUGCGUGAGCAGCCCUUGCCAUAAUGGUGGCCACUGCAUUGAGAGUCUCGACGGGGCCGUUUGCGAAUGCCACCCAGGGUUCAGAGGUGACAGGUGCCAGAGUGACGUGGACGAGUGUGAGAGGGCACCGUGUGUGAACAGCGGGCGGUGUGUUAACACACAUGGCUCUUUCCACUGCCUGUGCGACGGGGGCUUCGCGGGCGUGCUAUGUGAGAUCCCAGGACAGGCACACCACAAGCUGGACACGUCCUCCUGGAGCCUUGGCGUGGAGGAAAUCCUGGGUAUGGUCCUGGUGCUGGUCUCCAUGUUCCUCUUCUUGUUACUCUUCGUGGGCUGCUGGAAAGCAGGUUGCAUGCAUCAAGGGAUGAAGGGUAGGAGGAGGGGGGAAGAUGAUCAGGAUGAAGAUGGGCACCACCACCACCACAGAGAGGCUCGAGCAUUCCUGCAGAGGUCAUACCCAGACCCCCACAAGCCCAACAGGGUCACCUUCGCAUCCUCAACCCCGCAGGUGCCCAGCAGGCCCGUGGCCUACAUGGCCAGCAUGUCCAGGGGAUCUCGUGGCAUCCCGGACGGGCACACGCGCUCCGUCGCCAAUGCCAGCCCAGAGUACUUUGAGCCAACCUUCAAGCAAAGCCCAUCGACAAUUGGACAGCGUAAAGCAGUGUGCAGCGUCGCCCCACAUCUCCCAACCCACCACUCGCCCAUGUCUGUGUCUGAUUGUGAUCCCUUCCACAAGCCAAACUGGAAUUACGAGGAUGAUGUGGAGCCUUUCAUGAAGAAGAGGCCUCGUUCGCGCAACAACAGCAGCAGAGGCAACAACAACAACACAUCAGAGGUCUGCUCUCCCAGCUCCCCGCGGUCAGAGUCAAGUGAUGAUAAUGGUUACCACUGGGACAUCUCUGACUGGGUACCCAGCGUGCAGCUGCAUGUCCAGGGCCUGCUGCACAGUGACUUUGUUCAGCCCCCUCCCACGGGGUACAUCAGGCCCACCAGCAUUGACACGGAUUACCUCACCACCGGCUUAGACAUUGAAAACGACAUAACACCUACCCCUCAUUACCCGCCAAUCGACAGUCAGCUGCCACCUGUCCCAAGACUGCCGGAAAGCUACAGUCCACCAAUACUUCUCCGCAGAACCAUCGCCCCCAUGUCUGUGGAGAGAGAUUCUCAUUCUCAUGCCCAUUCUGAGAAUGCACAGCACCCAGUCCAAAGAAUGCAGUUUGCCCCUCCUUUGCCUGUAGGAGUGCCUCAAGGAUCUGUACCAGGACCACCUGAUUUUAGGGUGUAUGGUCUGGACCUCUCACAAGGACAGUAUGAAGGAAAUGACAUAACCCUUCCUCUUUGCUCACCUGCGCUGUCAUUCUCUGAUAUGUCAACUAUUGAUGAAGAGGACUGUGACACCAGGUUAAGUGAUGCCGAGAGUUUGGAGGAUGGAGUUUCCUGUCCCCCAACUAAAUUCACACGUUAAAUAAAACACUUGUGUUUUUUAAUGCAUCAUUUAUUUAUUCACUAUGAGCUUUGUUACCAAUGCAAUUUCACAAUCUUAAUCGUCAGCUCUGUGGAGGGUUGAAAGUUUCACUGAACACCGAUAUUGGGGUGCAGUAUUUUUUUAAUCUGACAUUUAGCAUCAAUUGCAGGAUCAGUGAAUGUCAUUGGGAAGAUGCGAAUAGUUGGGAGUUCUGUACUGUUGUGUGACCUUUUCUGUUGUUUGACCUUUCCAGUCACUGUAACUUUUCUCAGUGUGGUCUCUAAUCGAUUGUAAAAUGUAAAUCUACGACUACGUGUUUGACAGCUCUAGCGGAUCACAGAUAUUGCAGUUGUUGCAGUUUUGUCACACAUUCAUACGUACUUUGUAAAUAUCUGUCAGGUGGAAUGUAUCGUGUGUUGUCAUUUCAAUACAGAAAAUGCUUUUGUAUAAA